UUUUUUGUUUUUGUUUUUUUGCUGAUGGCCGUGAUGCCGCCCCCCACCACGAUGCCGCCCUGGACAACCGCCCGUGUCGCCCGUAUCUAAAACCGCUACUGACUACUACUGGGAAGGAUAUCCUUUGUUUCUGUACCUUCUCUUCUUUUUUGAAGUCUCUAAUGGUGGGGCAGCCAACAUGUUUGUCUGUUUGUUGUUUGGAUUUUUUGGGGGGGUAAUUCUUUAUUUAUAUUCUGUACUAAAAUUAUUAAAAUAAAUAUUUUUAAAAAAUAGAUGCAACAAAAUGAUUCGCCAUGUUAACUGCAGGGCUGCUGCUUCUGCACCAUCUACGGCAGCACCAGCAACAAGAGAGAGGAAGAGACGGAGGAGGGUGACACUAAGGGGUGGAGAGACGUAUUUAGGAAGUGACAGAUUCAAGGAUCUCACUAAAAGCCGUGUAGCUUUGAGUCAUAAACGAACACAACAACAACCAACGUGAAUUUUUACGGAUUUCUUUCUUUCUUUCUUUCUUUCUUUCUUUCUUUCUUUCUUUCUUUCUUUCUUUCUUUCUUUUUUGCUACUAUUUUUAACAAAGCGACCAUGGGUCAGAAGCUCGACACCUUACGUUACCGAUCAGGUGUUGCUCCGGUGUUCGUCACCGCAACAGAUGUCUCUUGGCUGUAUCCAGACAGAGCGACGAUGGCGGCUCACAGUGUGACGCCCCCAAGCGUGCCAACAAAACAGGAGAAGUGUUACGACCCUCACAACAAAACACUUAAAUUUGUCGAUGGAGAGGAUGAUUUGGACUUCUUGUAUGAAGACUUCAGAUCUCUCAGAGCUCAGAUGUCCUGUGGUCACGCUGUGACCCCGACCUCUCUCACCAACUGGUGUCGCAGGUUGUUGGACCAGGGUGAAAGCAGGUUUGUGUGUGGAGGGUCUGGCUGUAGUGCUGAGUGGACUUUUGCAGAGGUUUGUAAAAUGGCUCUUCUGGACCCUCAAGAAAAAGAGUACUUUCAAAAAAACAUGGAAUUUAACGCUUCCAGGCAGACACUUACUACUAAGUUGUGUCCUGGAUGCAGAUCUGCUGUGACGAGAAAGAAUGGAUCAGAUUUGAAUGUCCCCUGUAAAGUGUGCACAGCAGUAAAAGGACGGCUGUUUGAGUUCUGCUGGCAGUGCUCGAGGGAGUGGAAGGGUGCACGGCCUCGGAAAGACCGCUGUGGAAAUCAUGGCUGCUGCAACCCGUCACUAGAGACACUAAAAAAAUGCCCAAAUAUCACUUUGUAUUCAGUGAAGGAGUGUCCCUCUGUCCGUGCCUGUCCCACCUGUGGUUUGCUGUUGGAGCACAGCAAGAAGGCUUGCCCAUCAGUUGAUUGCCCUCGAUGUGAUGUGACAUUUUGUUUUGUGUGUCUGAAGCGCUCUGGCAAAUGUCAGAUGACCCGGUGCAUUCCUGCCCCCAGACAGAAAUCUAUACCUGUUUGGAAGAAGAAAUAAUGAGAAAGACACACUGGUGUUAAGUUUAAAUUAAGUUGUAUUGAGAGUGUCUUUUCUAAAUCAGUUCGACAUGCUGUGUUUAAUAAUUCUCUGCUUUGAAUUACAUCACAUGAAAAAUAAAAAUUAUUAUGUUUUUGAGAAA